AUUCCUUUCUUCCUUUCUUCCUUCCGCAAUUCACUCCUUCGCACUUCCAAGGCUCCUUUUUUCUCUACUUCGCUCUUAUACUGCAUCAACAAAGCAUGGACUACGACACAAUCGAAGCCAUGGUGGACGCCCCUUUCCAGAAGGAGCAACACCAACCGUCCAUCCCUAUGGAAGUCGACACCUCUCGUCGCAAUUCAAAGAGUAGCGAACGAGUGCCCUCGGUCGAUCCAUACAGAGACAGCCAUCGCUCUGCAUCUCCUCGCGACCAUGAACGACGCUAUUCAGAGUCAAAAGAGCGCGGGCACUCCAAAGAGAAGGAUGAUGAGCGAUCAGGAACCAAGCGCCAUCGUCGUUCAAGGUCCCGUUCGCCUCGACACUCUAGGGAUCACCGGGACUACGCCGAUCAUUAUAGGGAGCAUAGGGAGCAUAGAGAUUACAGAGACAGGGAUUACCGCGACUACAGAGUCGGCCGCGGUCAUCACAGCGAUCGCUAUGAUAGAGAUAGAUAUGACAGAGAACGCUACGAUAGGGAUCGCUACGACAGGGACAGCCGAGGGAGCUAUUCUCGGGACCCUAGCUCACGUAGGAGUAGAAGCCCCAGAGGAUAUGGAGGACACUCUCGCCGCAGAAGAUCCCCUUCUCCUCCCGCAGAUGAAGCUACCUGCGACCGUCGCACUGUAUUUGUGAUGCAAUUGUCGGCUCGACUUCGCUCUUCUGAGCUGGAGGCAUUCUUUUCCCAAGCAGGAAAAGUGCGCGCUGCUCGCAUUAUCGAGGAUCGCAAUACCGGACGAUCAAAGGGGGUUGGAUACGUGGAGUUUUAUGACGAAGAAUCAGUAGGCAAAGCAAUCGAAUUGACUGGACAGAAACUGUUAGGCAUCCCUGUCAUCGCCAAGCACACGGAGUCAGAGAAGAACCGCUUGGCUUUGCAAGCUGCCUCGCAAAUGCAAGCUGCAACUGCCGAGGCGUCUGCGCAGCCCGCCCAAGCUGACCUUUCCCAGCAUCGUCUUUAUGUUGGUUCGGUGAACUUUGACUUGACCGAGGAUGAUCUUAAGCAGGUUCUUGAGCCUUUUGGGCCUAUCGAGUUCAUCAAAUUGCAUAGGGACGCUGAGACAGGAAAAUCCAAAGGAUUCGCUUUUGUUCAGUACAAAAAUGCAGACGAUGCAAAGCAGGCCAUGGAGCGUAUGAACGGAUAUGUUUUGGCUGGAAGAACAAUCAAAGUUGGACUUGUGACAGAGAGAGGAAGCAAUCCUCAAACGAAUAACAACUACCAAUACAGCAAUGGUCAGAUCAACAACAGCAUUAGCAUUGACGAUAGCGACACUGUUGGAUAUGCUAUGACUUCACAGUCGCGAGCUGAGCUGAUGCAGAAACUGGCUAGGGGUGAUGCUAGUCUUGGAGCCGUCCCCUCUGCAGUCACCGCUGCUGUGCCUGCUCCUGUUGUUCCAUCUUUUGUCCCACCUAGACAACUUCCGGUCGUUAUGCCCUCUCGCUCAGUCCUUUUGAAAAAUAUGUUCGCAGAUGAAGAUAAAAUGGAGCCAGACUGGGCUAAAGAGCUCGAAGAGGAUGUGAAGGAAGAGGCAGAGAAGAAUGGGCCGGUCGUUCACAUUCACGUGGAACAGGAUUCACCGGGUGAGAUCUAUCUAAAAUUUGACACCGUCCAAUCUGCUACAAAUGCAGUGCAGACGCUAGGAGGUCGAUUCUUUGCCGGUAGGCAAAUCGUUGCUGCCUACCUCCCGGAGAUGCUGUAUAACGUCCGCUUUCCUCGUGCAGCUAAUUUGUAGAUGACUCCGAGCUGCGCUAUCCGGUCAUGAAAUUCCGAUGAGGAUACUCCGGCAUUUGAAGGUCUUACGAGUCAACGGAUGACAACUACCGAUACCAGCUUUCAUUCCUCGUCCUCUUUAGUUCAACGUUUUUUUUUUUUCUUUUGCUUCUUUUCGCAGGGAGAUACUCCGCGCUCUUCACCUCGGUCCUUCAGCAAGGGAAACAACAACAACAAACAACACUAUGUUACGAACGCUACUAUAUUUUUCUAGCAGCCGGCCGCCUUUUAUUUAUUCCUCAUCUCUUUCUUUCCAUUGCCUAGUGAUCACUUUGCAAGGACAGCGUGUCGACAUUGAGGAAAGAUCAAAGGGUGGCAUACCACUCUUCAUAUUUUUUUACCCUCACACCAUAGUUUUGAAAGAAUUUAGAAAUAAAAACGCGUUAUUCAUUG